AUGUAUGCGAUGUCUAUUAGUGGAGAGGGUGCUCAGUACUUGCGUGUUCCGCCCGACCCGGGCAUUCAGGCCAGCCCCGCUGCUGCUCUAGGUGCUAGUGUGUCUGCUUCCACAGGUACUUCUGCAGCUGCUGCUCUAGGUGCUUGUGCGUCUGUGCCCCCUGGUACUGAGUCGACUGCAGCACUGCACACCUUCACACUGGACUCAGGUGCUUCUCGCUCUUUCUUUCGUGACCGCACUGUCCUUGAGCCUCUAGCUCGGCCGGUUGCUGUCUCUCUUGCUGACCCCUCUGGGGGUCCGGUCCUUGCGACCUCCUCCACCACCCUUCCGUGUCCAGCGGUUCCGUCCGGCACGCUCUCAGGUCUCUACCUCCCCUCGUUCUCCACGAACUUGGUGGCAGGUAGUGCGCUCCAGGACUCGGGUGUUCACCAGUUCACCCCUGCCUACGAGCGUGUGACUCACUGCACGUGUGCUCGGACGGGCCGCCACCUAGCUACUUUCACUCGAGAGCCGGGGUCUGACCUGUACACACUGACCACUGAGUCCCCUCAGGUAGCUGCGUCUGCGUCAGCGUCAGGUCAGCUGUCCGCCCCCUGCUCGUGUCGCUCUCUGGCGAACGACACCGUCCUCUGGCACCACCGCCUUGGUCACCCGUCUGUGCAGCGCCUGCGGGCCAUGCACAAACGAGACCUUGUUGCUGGUCUUCCCAGGGUGCUCCCUCCCCUUCCUGACUCCCCUGCUCCUGACUGCAUUCCCUGUGUCGAGGGGCGGCAGCGCGCCGCUCCUCACUCCUCCUCCUUUCCCCCGACGACCGCUCCCCUGCAGACGCUCCACAUGGACGUGUGGGGCCCGGCCCGCGUCCGUGGUCAGGGUCAGGAGAGGUACUUCCUGAUAGUUGUUGACGACUACUCGCGCUACACCACGGUCUUCCCCUUGCGCGCCAAGGGUGACGUCCCUGGUGUUUUGAUCCCCUGGAUCAGCCGAGCCCGUCUCCAGCUAGGCGAGCGCUUUCACUCGGACUUUCCUGUCCUGCGCUUGCACUCUGACAGGGGUGGUGAGUUCGCCUCCGACCUCUUGGCAGCCUACUGUGCUGAGCACGGCAUUGAGCAGUCGUACACGCUUCCGGCCUCUCCACAGCAGAAUGGGGUUGCUGAGCGCCGCAUUGGCUUAGUCAUGGAGGUCGCUCGUACCUCCCUGACCCAUGCGGCUGCUCCCCACUUUCUGUGGCCGUUUGCGGUCCGGUACGCAGCGCAUCAGCUCAACCUCUGGCCCCGUGUCUCCUUGCCGGAGACUUCCCCGACUCUACGGUGGACGGGAGAGGUUGGCGAUGCGUCGCGUUUCCGGGUCUGGGGAUCUCGAGCUUUUGUCCGCGACACGUCCGCGGACAAGCUCUCGCGUCGCACUGUUCCCUGUGUCUUUCUUGGCUUUGUUCCCGACGCGCCUGGAUGGCAGUUUUACCACGUCACCUCGCGCCGGGUUCUGGCCUCUCAGGACGUCACUUUUGACGAGUCCGUCCCCUUCUACCGCCUCUUCCCCUACCGCACUGCCCCGCUCCCCCCCCCGCCUCUCUUCCUCGCUCCAGGUGCUGAGGUACCAGACCCCCUCCCCCCUCAGGGUGCCGCUCCCUCAGGUGUGUCCCAGGUAGACCCGGGUGAGCCUGUCGAGGUAGCUGUUGACUCGCGUCCUGCGUCUGGGGGUGCUGAGCCUGGGAGUGCUGCGUUUGAGGGUGCGGAGCCUGGGGGUGCUGAGCCUGGAGGUGCGGAGCCUGGGGGUGCUGAGCCUGGAGGUGCGGAGCCUGGAGGUGCGGAGCCUGGAGGUACUGAGCCUGGAGGUGUGGAGCCUGGGGGUGCUGAGCCUGGAGGUGCGGAGCCUGGAGGUGCUGAGUCUGGACGUGCUGAGUCUGGGGGUGCUGAGUCUGGGGGUGCUGAGCCUGAGCGUGCUCCACCUGGAGGAGCCCCCUCCUCCCAGCAGCUGCAGGAGAGGUACCUCGAGUACUGCCGCCUCCGGAGAGGUGCUUCUGGAGCUCGUCCCGGUACUUCCCCUCCUACCCAGGAGCUCCCCCCCAUUCAGGUGAUCCGCGAGUGGUACACGCGGCGCUGCAGUCUUCGUAGUGGUGCUCCUGGUACUGCGGACCCGAGCGGUGGUGCUGUUGCUGGUGCUGAGGACCCGGACGCUGGAGCUGCUGCUGGUGCUGAGGACCCGGGGGCUGGAGCUGCUGCUGGUGCUGAGGACCCGGGCGUUGGAGCUGCUGCUGGUGCUGAGGACCCGACCGGUGGCGCUGCUGCUGGUGCUGAGGACCUGACCAGUGGCCCUGCUGCUGGUGCUGAGGACUCGGGCGUUGGAGCUGCUGCUGGUGCUGAGGACUCGGGCGUUGGGGCUGCCACUGGUGUCCCUGCUGCUUCUGGAGACGCUGCGCGGCCGCGGCCGUACUUCGUACCGCUCCUUCAGCAGGUUCUUGGUCAGGCUCCUCCUCCUAGUCCUCCUCCCUCCGUCGAGUGUCCUCUGCCUGUCCAGCCGCAGUCACAGUUACCGCCUGUCUCGCCUCUCCCUGCUCCCUCCCCUUACGCUGGUCCCACAGGAGGUCUUACAGAGCGUCGUGAGCCUGAGUCUCGUCCUGCGUCGCCUGUUCGUACUGCUCGCACUGGUCGUCGUGUCCCACGUGAGCGUCCUCCUCCUGUCCCUGGCACUCACUACAUGACUCUGCGUCCCUCCACUGCUCCGCAGCGUGUCCCGCUGCCGUCUCCUCCUGCGUCCUCUCUUCCUACUCUUCCUGACCCGGAGUCUGACUCCCGUCGUGCUGCCAGUCCCACUGUUACGCGUCUCCUCGCUACAGUUGUCACUGACCCGACCUUUGAGUCCUCUGCUGCGUCUGCUCUGGUCACUGAGUUGGUUGACUUUGCUGCUCGCUGUCGCCUAGACUACGCUGCCAGCCUUGUCGCUAGGUCUGAGUCUGCGUCUGCCUGUCCUCCGUCCGUCGGGGGUGAGUGUGCCCUCGGCACGGACGUCCUUGAGGACAGACAGGAGGAGUUCCACUGCCUUGCUGCUGCUUUGCCCCGUCUCGUGUCCUUGCUAGUUGCCCCUGAGGGAGACCCGGAUGCACCAGACAUCCCGACCCCACGCUCUUACGCUGAGGCGAUGGCGGGUCCCUACUCCUCUCAGUGGCAGACAGCCAUGGACGCAGAGAUGGCCUCCUGGAAGUCCACAGGCACCUACGUAGACGAGGUUCCCCCUCCUGGGGCGAACAUCGUCAGUGGCAUGUGGAUUUUCAGGGUGAAGCGGCCGCCGGGUUCUCCACCUGUCUUCAAGGCGCGCUACGUGGCUCGAGGCUUCAGUCAGCGAGAGGGAGUUGAUUUCUUCCAGACCUUCUCCCCCACCCCGAAGAUGACUACUCUUCGGGUGCUGCUGCACAUAGCCGCUCACCGCGACUACGAGCUUCACUCUCUUGACUUCAGCACUGCUUUUUUGCAGGGCAGCCUGCACGAGGAGAUCUGGCUGCGCCGCCCCCCUGGCUUCACUGGGUCAGUUCCUCCUGGCACCCAGUGGAGGCUUCAGCGGCCGGUCUACGGUCUCCGCCAGGCGCCACGUGAGUGGCACGACACACUGAGGACGACACUUGCGGCUCUUGGGUUCGCUCCCUCUACUGCUGACCCGUCGCUGUUUCUACGCACCGACACCUCGCUGCCGCCGUUCUACAUCCUCGUGUACGUCGACGACUUGGUCUUUGCCACUGCUGACACCGCGGCACUCGCUCACGUGAAGUCGGAGCUGCAGAGGAGACACACGUGCACAGACCUGGGUGAGCUGACGAGCUAUCUUGGCUUGCGGAUCACCCGGGACAGAGCACGGCGCACCAUCACCCUGACUCAGUCACACAUGGUGCAGCAGGUUCUCCAGCGCUUCCGCUUCACGUACUCCUCGCCUCAGUCCACUCCUCUGCCUACCGGUCACUCGCUCUCAGCUCUGCCUUCGGAUGAGUCCGUAGAGCCGAGUGGCCCGUAUCCAGAGCUUGUGGGCUGCCUCAUGUACCUGAUGACCUGCACUCGACCUGACCUUGCAUACCCUCUUAGCAUCCUAGCACGCUAUGUCGCUCCUGGCCGUCACCGGAAGGAGCACAUGGAUGCUGCUAAGAGGGUGUUGCGCUACUUGUGCAGUACGUCGGGCAUGGGGCUUGUGCUUGGAGGGCGAGACCGGGUUGUUCUCACAGGGCACUCAGACGCUUCUUGGGCGGACGACCAGGCUACUCAGCGGUCGUCCCAGGGUUACACCUUCAGCCUUGGCUCUGGCUCAGUUUCUUGGCGUUCUACUCGCUCUUCUUCUGUUCUCAGCUCCAGUUGUGAGGCUGAGAUCUACGCCACAGCCAUGGCUGCUCAGGAGCUACGCUGGCUGACCUACCUGCUGACCGACCUCGGAGAGCGGCCUCGUUCUCCUCCAGUGCUGUACGUCGACAACAAGGCUGCCAUUGCCUUGUGUGAGGAGCACAGACUGGAGCACAGAACGAAGCACAUCGCUUUGCGUUACUUCCUUGCUCGAGAGCUGCAGCAGCGUGGUCAGCUUUGUCUGCGUUACGUGGCCACGGAGGCCAACACUGCUGAUGUGUUCACCAAGGCGCUUCCGCCUUGUGACCAUCAGCGCUUUUGCACUCUACUAGGCCUUGUACCUACUGGGCCUCACUUGCUUACCUCUUGA